AUGUUCCCGGGAAAUUCCUGUUCAUCGCCGACACUUUGUCAAGAAGAAGAAAGAGAACAACGGGAACUUAAUGAUGACAUUGAAGUAAUGGUGCACAGCAUGGUUACAGCAAUACCAGCAUCUCCUGAGAAAAUGGUAGCGCUUAAGGAAGAAACAGCGAAUGAUGAAACGCUACAACAACUUAAACAGCAGAUGGUUCAAGGUUGGCCUGAUCGCAAGCAUGAAAUCCCGCAAAACUUAGCUACCUACUGGAACAUUUGCCAUGAGCUGAGUGAAGCAGAAGGUCUGAUCUUCACAAAGACCACCAGUUAGUCAUACCUGCAGCAAUGACAAGCAAUAUGCUCAACCUGAUACAUGAAAGUCAUCUCGAAGUUCAUCGAAACAGCCCUUCUUCCAAGCAAGACAGCAGGAACAGUAAUUAGACACUUGAAAUCAUUUUUUGCCAGACACGGAAUCCCAGAAGACUUGGUAUCCGACAACAUGCCCUUCAAUAGCAAAGAGUUUGACGAAUUCGCCAAAAAAUGGAGAUUCAAACAAACAACAUCAAGCCCAACCUAUGCUCAAUCAAAUGCAUGAGUGA